CUGUUGUUGUUUAGUCGUUUAGCCGUGUCCGACUCUUCGUGACCCCAUGGACCAGAGUAUGCCAGGCACUCCUGUCUUGCACUGCCUCCCGCAGUUUGGUCAAACUCAUGUUCGUAGCUUCGAGAACACUGUCCAACCAUCUCAUUCUCUGUCGUCCCCUUCUCCUUGUGCCCUCAAUCUUUCCCAACAUCUUUUCCAGGGAGUCUUCUCUUCUCAUGAGGUGGCCCCUGCUAGAUACAGGCAAAAUCUCCAGUUCCCAGAACUGGGAGCUACUCGUCAGCAGUGUGUCUGCCUCAGGAGAAUUCAGCUCCACUUUAUUGUUCCUCAUCUGGGCCACUUCUAUGUCCAUAUGGAUAUAUUCAAUAACGCUUAGUUGAAUUAAAGGUUAUUCUGGGUCUGGAUUCAUAGUAAUUCACUGUACCUACGUGACGUAAGAUGUGCUUUUGAUAGGUAAUAUUUCAUUUUUAUGUUAUUAACUGCAAUAAGAUGGAUCCAAAACAGCUGAUGUUCUGCAGUCUUCAAGAUCACGUCAGCUGCUCUGGCACAUUAAACCUCGAGCUACAUUUGAGAAUAAAGUGCUGCACUACCUUGAUGCAGUUUGACCUUAAAAAAAAAGAGAAAAACUAGCUCUGCUUUGCCUCAAGCAAUAAAUGUUUUUAAAAACCUUCAUAAGAUUUAUGUGUUAUUUCCCUUUUGCCAUUUAUUGGAUCGUACAAGUAGCAUUACAUGUACUGAAUGUACAUACAGUGCUGGCCUUGUAGAAUUACCUGGUUUUACUCAUUUUUAGAAUAAAUAUUGAAGCAGGAUUUUAAAGGAGUAAAAGGGCCCACAAUCUUCUAUCAGUCAGGCAGCACAGGCCAUUUCCUCUAGGCCAUAGCUCUUCAUUUUUAUAUAGUUAAUAUGUUGUUAUAAUGAGUAGGAACAUGACAAAAUUUUAUCAUGGACAUUGUCAGUCUCAAUCUGUUCGAAACUCAUUUGGGGAAAACAAAAGGGCCUCCACUGAGUUUGUGAGUGAGUUGCCAUUUAAUAAGUGUGGCAAACAUAAUUACUGCAUUGGGAUGCGUCAUCUGGGAAUUGUAUUGACUGUGUCGUUGUGUCAGACUUGUGCAGUUGGGGGGGAUCCUGCAAAAUUAAUGUAUAUGGCACUCAACUCAUCUGUUUCAUAUUAAGGGUGCAUUCAGUUGUCUGAAGUUACACUUGGAAGAACUUUGGCUGAUUUCCUGUGACCCUUGCUGGAUACAGCCAAUGGUCCACCUGAUACAACAUUCUGUCUAUACAAGUGGCUAGCCAAAAUGCCCCUGGGAAACACUCAAGUAGGGCAUGAUGGCGAAUAGCCAUCGUCUAUUUAUCUGUAGCAUCUGGUUGCUCUCCAUCAGCCUCUGGCAGUCUUUGAAGGAAAAUGUAGGAUGGUCCAGAUAUGGUCAAGUAGCCGCCACUGCAUGGGUUUAAUCAAAUACAAGUGCUGCCAGACAGCAUAAAAUCAGAAUGGGCUAUGUACAGAAAGGUUUGGUUUUUUAAAAACCAUUCCUUUCAUUGGAAGACACACAGGUAUCUUUCCAGCACUAUCUGGAAGGAUAUUUAAUUUAAUAGUAUACUAUAUGGCUCUUUGGUGAAAUAUUAUUGAUAGCAGAGGGACUGAUUAGCCUUUAAACCACAUGUUUAUAUCAUUUUAAUAUUUUUAUCAUUUAGGUGCUCUAAUGCACGGCAGAUCAUUGCACCAAUAUGAUCACUGCACAGCAGGCAUUCCGUAUCCUCAGAAUCAUUUUGCAUUUUCUUGAAAUUAGUCUCCUUGCUUUGAAGAAGCAAAGUGAGCCCCCAGUCACCCAAAGAUUUAUUCAUCCGCUAUCAUCACACAAAUCCCACUUCAAACUCUUGCUCUGUCAUUCAUAAUACAAGUUCUCAAUUCCCGAAGCCCAGUCUCUGUUCAAAGGCCAAAUCUGUUUUAAAACAGAGAGUAGCCGAAAGAUUUAUCCACACUCAGCUGACAAUCUGUGAGAUUUUCUUCUUGCUCUUUUGUUUUGCUCUUGAUGGCUUGAAGCAGACUUUCCAUACCCAGAAAAUGGAUGUUCCAGAUGUUUGCUUUCACAUCCAGUCACUUAGAAAGUAUAAAGCCAGUUGAUGCAUUCCAUUGUUAAAUCUAAGCUAUUGAAUAAUAAUUUAAAAAAUCAUAUUCUUUUGCUGCCAAUUUAAUAAUGAUGACUGGUACUGAGGAAGGGGACGCACUAAAAUAUACUAGCGAUUUCCUGUCAUCCGUUCUCACCCCUAGUUAGAUUGCUUUGAAAGGAGGAGGAGGCAAAAGUCCAGAGCUGUACAUGAGAGGAGUGUCUUUGUGAUACUAUUCAUUCUGUGUUCUGACAGAGAAGGCAUUGUUUGCUCACUGUAAUAGGCUUGGCAGCCAAAUAAGGUAGGGAUCUGUGCUGCGCAUACAGAUUCAGAAAGUAGCAGAGCGGGCAAGAAUCUGAAAAUUCCAAGAACCAGAUCACUGGGAAGGACUUCAUAGCAUGCUGCACAUAUAGCUUGUUUGGUAUUGCCCUUGCAUGGCAAUCUGUACAGUUCUGAAUGAAGAAGCAUGUAAGAAUAAAGGAACAUUCCCUUUUCACAGCUGGGUCUACAUCUUCAUCAAGCUAUCUGGUACAACCCCAAGGUCUUUUUCCAGAAAGAAUAACUCUUACCAGCGCAAAUGCCAAAAUCUUGUGAGGACUAGCUGCCCUCCAUCCAAAAGCACCCCCCACUUCUGUAUCAUGGGGCCUGGUGAUAGCUUCUUAAGUACAGGGCUGCUUCACAUCAUCAUAUGGGGAAGCCUGGCAGCCAUGACAAUGCUCCUGGUCUUCAGUUUUCUGCUCUUCCUAUGCUCUAGCUGUGAUAGGGAGAAGAGACCCAAACACCAGAAUGGGGACCAUGAGAAUCUGAUGAAUGUGCCUUCAGAUAAGGAGGCAUUUAGCCACUCUGUCACAAGUCUGGCUACAGAUCCACUUGCCAGCAGUGAACAAAAUGGAGGACUCAGUAAUGGUGAUGUUCUCUCAGAAGAUAGCACAACUGCUUGCAUCCAGCCUUAUGAAGAAGUGCAAACCUCUGCUACUGACCUGCUGGAUCAACAGGACAGUCAGGGAAGAUCCUUAAAAUGUCAUCAAAGCAGGGAGCUACCCAGAAUUCCUCCUAACAAUGCCAUGGAAACUAUUCUGUCUACAAGAAAUACAGAAAAUGAUCAGGGUCUAGGUAUGGAGGGCCCCUACGAAGUGUUGAAAGACAGCUCCUCCCAAGAAAAUAUAGUUGAGGACUGUUUGUAUGAGACUGUGAAGGAGAUAAAGGAGCUGGCAGCAACAGCUGCCACAGAGAAGAGCUGCGACAGCAAGCCCAAAGCUGCAGCAAUGGUUAACGGGAACCUCGAUCAUGUUACCGAUCGUAAAGUUGAAUCAGCUGAGUAUGCCUCCGUGGACAGGAAUAAAAAAAGCCGCCAGAGUGUUAAUUCGGAGAGUCCUCUCAGCAACACUCCAGACCUGGAAGAUGAAGCUCCGCCUCCAGUGCCAGCAAAACUCCUUGAUGAGAAUGAGAAUGAGCAGGAGAAAGGAGCCAAGGAGGAGGAAGAGGUGGUAGAAGGGCCUAGUGAACCUGACAAGAGGCUUAGCUCACUGUCCUACAAAUCUCGAGAAGAAGACCCAUCCCUUACAGAUGACGAGAUUUCAGCAAUGUACUCUUCUGUGAAUAAACCAGGGCAGGCCACCAGAGCACUGGAGUCUACAUACACCUGCAUUCCUGAAAUUGUACCUCAGAAGUCACCAUCUAUUUGCAGUGGUCUUUAUGCCAGUGUGAAAGACUUGGAAAAUACCCCAAACCUUACCACCAUGCCUCAGUCAACAGACAGACUAAAUGGGGAAUUAGAGCCAGACUAUGAAGCGAUUCAGACUAUAAACCGUGAGGAAGAUAGAAAUGUUUUGGUACUGAACAACAGCCAAUCAAUCCUCCUACAAGAGAAUGACUACGAGAGUAUUGGGGAUUUGCAACAGACCAAGGACAUCACUAGGCUUUAACUAUGUAAGACGCAAGACUCUGGGAACUGAUGACUGGCUGUAUUUCAGAAGACCCAAGGUGGAUUCACAGUCAACAUUUUAUCACUUACAAGCUUGAUUGACAGCUUAGCAUACAAAAUUAUCUCCAUUGAAAACAAAAAAGUAUUUCAUGUCAAGUGAAAUGAAAGCUCUGCCUGAAAUGUUUGAUAUGCUAUUGUCUGCUUUACACAUGGAAAUCACCUUCUAGAUGUAACCUCACUAUGGGGGGGAAAAGCAAGGGAUAUUGCUCCUUCUGAAGAACAGAGAAAGGCGAGGUGGAAGAAAAGAGUUUUUUAAAAAACAAAAACUAAACUAAAAACACAACCCUUAGAAUGUUUUGCCAAGAUAUGUGAUAGCACUUGACUGCUCUUGUAGGUACUGGUCACCACCAUAAAGUAUAGAUAUAAUCAAAGCUGAUGGUAUUGGAAAGGCUUCCAUAGAGAGAGCUAGCAUUUGGUAAAAAGAGUUUAAUGUUUACCACUUGCCAUAUGUGUGUGUGUCCAUGCCUGUGUUAUAUGCACACACAAACACACACAAGGUUUUAAUUUUCUUUAAAAGAGUAUUUUGUCAUCUAUUUUUUUUUGGGGGGGGGGAGAGGACAAGUUGUAAAUUCUCUUAGGAUAUUUUCACACGUGCACCAUUUGUGGUGCUUGGCAUGCAUCGUAUUGUUUCACUGUGUAUACGUGCCAGCUUCCAAACAGCUAAUUUGCAGUAACAUGCUUAAUGCAACCAUGGAGACUUUUGUCACUGCAAGUCAACAAGGAAGCCUGACCUUAAUCUUAUGCUUCAGCUUUUGUCUUGCUCUGCAGAGGUGGGAAAAUGCUAGGGGAGGGCAAGGAGGUGGUAUUUGGGAAAUCUGCACAUCACGUUUUGAGGAACUACAGUUAAAUAUUGUUGGAAGGUGGUUUGCACUUUUGUUUGCUGUGUUGUGGACUACAGCAGACAGCAUGUGGCUCUUUAGUUGGUGAUGGACUGGAAAAUCCCAUCAUCCCUAAUCAUUUUCCAUGCUAGCUGGGCAGGGGGGAGUGUCCCUGGACUAUAGUAUAGUAUGGUGCUGUCAUUCACAAGUGAUCUAUUCCCACAGUGAUUGAAUAAAACUUGUAGAAUCCAUUUCUCAUCCCCUGUAAAAGUAAACUAUGGUUUAUUUGCAUUUAGAACCUACAUUUUCUUAAUGAAGAUACAACUAUAAUGCUUUAAAGUUAAGGAUUUAAUACACAUACACAUCCUACCGGUACCUUUCACUCACAAUCACUUUGCUUUUGAAACGUACUGUAUUGCAUUACUUCCCCAAAUAGGUGGAAACAUUUGCAUCAAGUGUGCAUCCCACAUAGAAAGGUACUAGAUGCAAUCUUAAGAAACAUCAUUUUUUAACAAAUGAAAGGGGGUAAGCAAAACAUUAGACAUGGAGUUAAUUAGUGAGCAGGUUCAGUGGUGACUUCAGAGUACUCAGUAUACUGUACAGUACUAAAGUUUGAAGCAAACUGUAAACAUUAAGUUGUUUAAUUAAGAUGAAUGUUAAUGCACACAAGGAAAAAUAAUAAUCCUUACAGAUUCAAGAUUACUCUCACUAAUUUACAGUUUCCAUUAUUCUCAGAAUCACUCUGGACAACAUUAACACUCGCUAAACCAAUUUAAAGCAGAAGCCAACUUCUUUAUAUUCAGGCAAGCCUGGAAAGUUUUGAAGUAGUAACCAGAGCACAUGGCACCAAGUAUUUUCUUUUGCACAGGCUGUUGAGAGUCAUUUGUUUUUCACAUGUGUUGAUGCUGCUGGAUGCUUUUCCCCACAAGAUCUAUGUUGGAAAAAUACAAUGUGUGACGUAUCGGUGAGAAAACGUGCUUUGUAUAAACAAAUAGAGGUCAACUUCCCAAAUGUUGCA